GCCCCAGGCGAGCCUGGGCCCCUGUAAAGGGCGUGGUUGUGUCCGGCGCCUUGUAGUCCCCAAAAUGUAGCUGGAGGCGCGUUCUGUGCCCGGGAAAGACGCCAGACAGCAGAGCCCAGAGAUAGGGGGCGACUGAGGGGACGAGGGGGAGUGGAGGAGACCGAACUGAAGGGAAGCUGGAAGGGCAGGGAAAGAGAACAAAGGAGGACGGGAAGGGAAGGCGGAGGAAGGCCGGCCGGGGCCUGGAGGGAGCGGAAACUGGGUCGGUCACGCCCUGCUGGGUCCUCCACCACCGGUAGAGGGUCGUGACUGCAAGUUGUCCAGGUUCUUGGCAUUUUGAACAAGGAAUUGGACAAAACGCCCAGCAAAGAAAGAAUGAAGCAACAAAAGAAGGAAAGCAGGGAUUUAUUGAAAACGAAAGGACACGUCACAGUGUGAGAGCCGACCAAGCAGCGGCUCAGGAGCCCGGGACUCUUUGCUGGUGCUGCUGUUUUUAUGCUUGCUUCUGAAGACGUGUGAACCUAAAACUGCAAAUGCCUUUAGACCAAAUAUCCUACUGAUCAUGGCAGAUGAUCUAGGCAUUGGGGAUCUCGGUUGCUAUGGGAACCACACCCUGAGAACGCCGAAUAUUGACCAACUUGCAGAGGAAGGUGUGAGGCUCACUCAGCACCUGGCGGCCGCCCCGCUCUGCACCCCGAGCCGAGCUGCAUUCCUCACGGGGAGACAUUCUUUCAGAUCAGGCAUGGAAGCCAGCAAUGGAUACCGGGCCCUUCAGUGGAACGCUGGCUCAGGUGGUCUCCCUGAGAACGAAACCACUUUUGCAAGAAUCUUGCAGCAGCGCGGCUAUGCAACUGGCCUCAUAGGAAAAUGGCACCAGGGCGUGAAUUGUGCGUCCCGCGGGGAUCACUGCCACCACCCCCUGAACCACGGAUUCGACUAUUUCUACGGCAUGCCCUUCACGCUCACAAACGACUGUGACCCAGGCAGGCCCCCCGAAGUGGACACCGCCCUGAGGGCGCAGCUCUGGGGUUACACCCAGUUCCUGGCGCUGGGGAUUCUCACCGUGGCUGCCGGCAAGACCUGCGGUUUCAUCUCUGUCUCCGGGAGAGCGGUCACUGGCAUGGCCUGCGUGCUCUUCCUGUUUUUCAUCUCCUGGUACUCCAGCUUCGGGUUUGUGAGACGCUGGAACUGUAUCCUGAUGAGAAACCACGACGUCACGGAGCAACCCAUGGUUCUGGAGAAAACAGCGAGUCUUAUGCUAAAGGAAGCUGUUUCCUAUAUUGAAAGACACAAGCAUGGGCCAUUUCUCCUCUUCCUUUCUUUGCUGCAUGUGCACAUUCCCCUUGUGACCACGAGUGCCUUCCUGGGGAAAAGUCAGCAUGGCUUAUACGGUGAUCAUGUGGAGGAGAUGGACUGGCUCAUAGGUAAGAUUCUUAAUGCCAUCGAAGACAAUGGUUUAAAGAACUCAACAUUCACGUAUUUCACCUCUGACCAUGGAGGGCAUUUAGAGGCAAGAGAUGGACACAGCCAGUUAGGGGGAUGGAACGGAAUUUACAAAGGUGGGAAGGGCAUGGGAGGAUGGGAAGGUGGGAUCCGCGUGCCCGGGAUCUUCCACUGGCCCGGGGUGCUCCCAGCCGGCCGAGUGAUUGGAGAGCCCACGAGCCUGAUGGACGUGUUCCCUACUGUGGUUCAGCUGGCGGGUGGCGAGGUGCCCCAGGACAGGGUGAUCGACGGCCACAGCCUGGUGCCCUUGCUGCAGGGAGCUGAGGCGCGCUCGGCACAUGAGUUCCUGUUUCAUUACUGUGGGCAGCAUCUCCACGCAGCACGCUGGCACCAGAGGGACAGUGGAAGCGUCUGGAAGGUUCAUUACACCACCCCGCAGUUCCACCCUGAGGGAGCCGGGGCCUGCUAUGGCCGAGGCGUCUGUCCAUGCUCCGGGGAGGGCGUGACCCAUCACAGACCCCCUUUGCUCUUUGACCUCUCCAGGGACCCCUCCGAGGCGCGGCCCCUGACCCCCGACUCCGAGCCCCUGUACCACGCCGUGAUAGCAAGGGUGGGUGCGGCGGUGUCGGAGCAUCGGCACACCCUGAGUCCUGUGCCCCAGCAGUUUUCCACGAGCAACAUCCUGUGGAAACCGUGGCUGCAGCCGUGCUGCGGACAUUUCCCGUUUUGCUCAUGCCACGAGGAUGGGGAUGGCACCCCCCGAAUGUCGGGACUGUGAAAGAGGAUCCAGGAGAGGCUGACUGCGUUGCAGACAAAUUUCUCCAAGCUUGGUUCAAUCUUCGGCUUCCCUUUUUGCAAGGAACAUGCCCUGGACUGAGAGUGGGUCCCCAUUUUCUUUUUUUUUUUUUUUUGAGACGGAGUGUCGCUCUGUCCCCCAGGCUGGAGUGCGAUGGCAUGAUCUCUGCUCACUACAACCUCUGCCUGUUGGUUUCAAGCGAUUUUCCUGCCGCAGCCUCCUGAGUACCCGGGAUUACAGGCACCAGGCACCUGCCACCAUGCCUAGCUAAUUUUUGUAGUUUUAGUAGAGACAGGGUUUCACCAUGUUGCCCAGGCUGGUCUCACACUCCUGACCUCAAAUCAUCCACCUGCCUCAGCCUCCCAAGGUGCUGGGAUGACAGGCGUGAGCCACUGUGCCCAUCUAGGGUUUCCAUUUUCUGAUUUCUGAAAUAACACUAUCCCAGUAGGCACCCACUGAUGCCUCCUCUUCCUCUACUAAGUCUCAGGGUUUGUCACUGUGCCAAUGCCCAAUGUUUUCACCCCUCUGUCUUAAAGCAUUAUUGCCAUUUCAUCACCUAGAUGACAUAACAGCCUUACAAACGGACAGGGAAGAGUGUCUGUUCCUACUCUCACAUAGUGGAGGAAAGUUAAAGCUCUCAGUCUCUGUUUUUGAGGGCUCGUUGAUCUCAAAGGGUUGAUGCAUUUUUCAUACAUGAGGAUCUCUGUCCAUGUGUCUUCCUGAUAUUGUUAUAGAAAUGGCUUCAGGCUGCUGGUAACAGAUGCUGGGAAAAAAGAAUGCAUUAAACAAAGCCAGGCAUGGUGACUCACACCUGUAAUCCCAGCACUUUGGGAGGCCACGGUAGGAGGAUCACUUGAGCCUAGGAGUGAAACACCUACCCAGCCUGAGCAACACAGUGAGACCUCAUCUCUACAAAAAAACAAUUAAAUAACUAGCUAGAUGUCAUGGCGCAUAGCUAUAGUCUCAGCUACUUAGGAGACUGAGGUGGGAGGAUUAUUUGAGCCUGGGAGGUUGAAACUGCAGUGAGCUAUGAUUACACUACUGCACUCCAGGCUGGGGGACAGAGGAAGACCCUGCCUUAAAAACAAAAAAACAAAGCCUUAAAGAAAAGAACAAGAAAAGGGUGUGUUCUCUUCCAAGUAGUGAGCUGGUCAAGGGGAAGCACCCAAGGCUAGCAGGCUCUUUUCAACUCCCAGCUCUGCCACUCGUAGCUUGGCAGAGAGUUAGCCUCAUUGUGUCAGCAUGGCUGCCACAGUGCCAGACAUCACAUUCCAGGCAGCAGGAAGGAGAAAGAACCAAAGGGCAUCCCUUCCUCUUGAAGCAGUCCCUGUGAGGGGGGAUUAUCUGGAAGCCCCAACCCAAUUUCUGCUUCCAACCAUUAUCCAUAGAAACAACUGGAAGUUGAGAAGUGCAGUCUUUUAGGUGGGCACCUGGCUGCCCUGUAUGAAACCAGAAUUAGGUUAGUCAGCAGGAAAACAAGAAAACACUGAGUUGACUGAGGUUUUUGAUGCAUCGCUUUAUUGUCAAACGACUCUAUCUCAUUCUGCACUGAAACAUGUACUACCAUUGCCUAUAAUUGGCAAAUGAUCCUCAGAUGCACAGAAGAUGCCCAGAUGGAAAGUUUGCUCCUUGGGCAAAGAGACAGCCGUGGGAACCUUCAGACCUACAGAGAGAAGGAAGCUCUUCUUCCUACAUUCCUCGAAUAGCUAAGAUUUGACCAGUGUGUUUUCUAAGUCAGUUCUAGUGUGUUUCAUCGUCACCUCUUCCCUCUGUGGCUUUGAUGAUAGAAGCGUAGUCCUAACCUGGGACCCCUACCCCCGGAUCCCAAUAUUGGGGAUGGGAGGACCUUGCACUAUUCCCCUGAGUCCAUCUAUCAAGGUCUUUGCAGGAAGCAUACUGGGAAUUAAAAUGAGAGACUAAAUGACAUCUAAGAAAGGCAGUGUUCAAUCCCAGGUAUUAGGUGAGGAUAGGAUUCUAGGGACAUCAGUGGGAGGCAGGGAGCCACCUUCAGACCUCGGCAUGGAAGCUUUCAAAAUCCAGAGGAAGAGGCAACAGGCUGCCCACAGCAGUGAGGGUCACGGGUAGAAGAAUCAUCACAGCCCUGCUAACCAGGCAGCUGAUGCCCCUCUCCCCUGGCUCGCUGUGUCCAAAUCCUACAGGGGCAUCUGUUGGCUGAACUCAACCUGAAGCCAAAGAGAAGAUGAGUGGAGAGAGGCAACAUUUAUAGAGUUCGGGUUUCUAAGGCUGGAGAGGGAUCUGGAGGGACACACAGGAGAUACCUGGAAUAACCAAAAAAUGAUAAAAAAAAAAAAAAAAAGAAAAAAGAAACAUCUAUGGAGCAUGGGACACGGGGGGUUGGAGGCAGCUAAAAGCCAUCUCAUCUUUCACUGUAUUCAACAAGCCCAUUAUAACAAGCCUUUCACACUCAACCAUUCAAACGAUCCCAGCCAAAGAAUUUCCUGGCAUUUGAUGAAAAUGGCUGUGGGUUUUGCUAUCUUCAAGCUCCCUGGGAAGCAGGAUAUAAGCCCAGGGCUGGCAGGUUCUUUUUGGCUACCUGCUCUUGCACGUAGAGUUUGCCUCAUGGUCGCAAGAAGGCUGCCAUAGCUCCAGAUGGCACGCAGACAUUCCAGACAGCAGGAAAAAGGAAGGAGCAGUUAACUGAAGGACGUCAGGGAGUUGGUUAGUCUCCACCUGAAGAAGGCAGCCAUGAGCCAGCUUCAGUUGACUAAUGGGCUCCUGUGAGUGCAUCUUUGGACUUUUCUGUAGGUUGAAAUCUAGAUACAGUAUGUGUCUUAAAGCAGUCACCAACUCCUCCCAUUACCUUCCAAGUGAGCCCAACUACAGGAUGGAGCCUCUUCCCUGCCCUUGGAUCUGGGCUGAGCCUCUGACUUGUGUUGACCAACAGAAUGCAGUGUAAGUGAUGCCGAUACUACCCUUCCUGCCCUAGACUUGGGAUACCUGGCAGCUAUAUUCUUCCAUUCCUUAGGACUUGCAAAAACGGGUCUCAACAUGCCUUCCCAGAGCCAUGAGGUGUUUCUUUGUCCAUUCAUUGAUCUGAGAAGUGAAUGUAAGGAGUUUAAAUCAACCUCUGUUCCGUGCUAGUUAAGGUAAUAAAGUUGCUGCAGUCCAGGGGGCAGGUACCUACAGAUGACUCUGCGAAUAGGACACUUGCGUUUCUUGGGAAUCAAGUGCAUCCCUAGGCUGGCAGUGCAGCAGAACUACUGAAUAAAAUAUGACAAAUCUCCCUGGA